AUGGCUCACUUACGCUCAGUCUCGGUCCUGAUAUUCUUAUUCCUACAGUUUACAUUGUGCACGUCUCAUGCAUACCAACACCGUCAUUUGCGGCGCACACUGCUCCAUCAGAAUCAAAGGCAUUCGGUCGGCGGUGACAAGUCCCAGCACUCCAACACGCAGCAACAGCGCAUCAUAAAUCUACAAGCACAGAUUGACGCAAAGCUCACCGUGAGAGAUUCUGCAAUCCGGUUACUAGAUGGGGAAGGCUCAGCGAGAAAGAAGAGAUGGGGGCACCGCCACCAUCAUCGUGACCACCACAGUGGCAAUUCCACCAGUGAUUCAGUUGGCUUCACCCUUGAACAACUACAGCAGACGCUCGAGGAUCUCAAUGAAACAAUACAGUCGCUUUAUGAACUUCUGUCGUCGAGCCUUGGAGGACAAUCCCAAACUACGACCUUACCUGCCACAGCCAUCUCAACAUCAACGCAAUACUACACAAUCCCCACUCCAGCAGGUCCAUCUACUACGAUUUACCCUAUACCAGCAAGCUCGAGCGGAAAUGCAACCUCAUCUUCCAGCUUCAACGAUGCUGCUGCUUCAGCCUCUUCCACUUUUAUAUCCACCACUUCCACCGCCACUCGUUACUCUUUUGACCCGAUGUCAACUUCCAAUGUAGCUGUUUACUAUGGUCAAACCGAUCAGACCUCCAGGGUCCCACUCUCAACCGUCUGCGAUGACCCCGAUGUCGAUAUAAUCAUCCUGGCUUUCGUCAACAAGCUGUCCACCGGCCCGGCUAGCUAUCCAACCCUCAACAUGGGGCCUCGUUGCUGGGCAGCCAGCUCUGCUCAAGUAAAUGAGGGUGCCACUGGUCUCAUCGAUUGCGUCAGUGAUGGCUUUGCACGACAGGUCAAGACCUGUCAAGAAAGUGGGAAGAAGGUGUUAUUGAGUAUUGGUGGUGCGGUAGACUAUAGUGAAACGACGAUCGAUAGCGAAGAGGACGCCGUGAGAAUCGCAGACAACAUUUGGAAUCUCUUCGGAGCAGGAGGAAUGGACAACGAGACCAUCAUGGCUAUACGACCAUUUGGUGAUGUUAUCCUUGACGGCUUUGACAUUGACAACGAAGACGGCUCCACCCUGUACUGGCCAACCCUGAUCUCCACCCUCCGAACCUAUUUUGAAACCUCGCAACCCUCCUACCCGAAGCCCUACUACCUAUCCGCAGCCCCUCAAUGUCCCCGCCCCGACGCUUCCAUCCCUCUCUCCUCUAUGCGCACCGCCAUCGACUUUAUCUUCGUCCAAUUCUACAACAACCCUUCUUGCAACCUCAAUUCGCCCGGUUUCCUCGCGGCCCUGCAAGCCUGGUCUGAUGACCUCUCUGCAACCAAUCUCUCCUCCUCCUCUCACUCAUCCUCCUCCUACUCCUCCGGAUUCAUCGAUGCCGGGAACGGUGUCACCAGUCCGAGGAUGUACGUGGGUGCGCCGGCGUUCCCCGCCGCGGGAAGUGGUUGGGUCGGCGGACAGCAGUUCAGCGAGCUGAUGGAGGAGGUGAAGGAGGUUGGGUUGGGCAAUCUGGGUGGAGUCAUGUUCUGGGACGGCGCGUAUGGGGUGUUGAGCGCGAGGGACGAUGGCGUGUAUGGUCGGAGUGGGGUUGGGGAGAGUUAUAUGGCUUUGGUCAAGGAUGCCUUGGAGCAAUGA